GGUAUUGUAGUGGUUGGCUUGUGGAUGAAAUGAUGAUGGUAUGGUAGUGCUAAGCUGAUAGAUUUAUAGGCGAUGAGGGAGAGACGCAUCAUGCAGUGUAGGUGCAGCUGAUCAAUCUACCAUGACAAGUUGGCAAGGGAUAGAGCCAUGAGGGCAGAACGUGCAGUGCUGCAAGAAUACAGGAGCAAGCAAUGUGAUCUUGAUUUGAUUUUCUUGGGGCCAUCAGUUUGCCACUUGUUAGGGACUGUACUAGCAGAUGUAGUGUUGGGUGCCUGGAUAUCACAAUGCUGAAACUGCAGGAUAUCAAUGUGAUCUUGAUCUUGAUUUGAUAUCUCAGCUAGGGCCAAUCCAUUUGUUUCUUGUCGGGGACAACGAUAAUCGAUAAUGCUAGCAGAGUGUGUUUGGUGACUCGAAGAUCAAAUCAGAGUGUGUUGCGUUGCGGCUUGCUUAAUGGCUGAUGAUUAGGACGCAUGCUUUAUGAGAACUUGAGAAGUUAUUACGUACGUUGUAGCUUAUUAACAUGUGGCCCACAUGCCGGUUCCCCACUGAACCGAUCGAUAUGGCAUGCAGCCGCACACGGCCUGCGCCCGUGGUGUGCAAAAUGCACUACUAGAUCCGGCCAAAAAAAAGCCUAAAUACACUCACCGCGCACACAGUUUAUAGACCAGGCAGUUCAUGCAUCCAUUCAUUGGGUACACAGUUCGCGACUGGCCAUACACUUGCAGUUAGCACUGCAUGUUCAGAGUUCAUGGCCCUGUCCCUUGCCAACUUGACAUCUAUGAUAGUGUUGCUGCACCUAGACUGCAUGCAUUGCUCUCCUUUCUUCAUCCUCGCCUAUAAAUUAUCUAUCGGUCCAGAACCAUAGUUUCCAUCCACAUCCAAAGCACCGCAUCUACCACAACUUCCAUCACCAAGCAAAGCACCACAGCGAGCAACACACAAAACUCUCUGAACACCAUGGUCAGCGCCAAGAGGCUCGCUCAGAUGGCCAAGAAGUGGCAGAAGAUGGCGGCCAUGGGGAGGAAGAGGCUCACUCGGACUACGUCGACAGCAAAAAGAGCCGCCGAUGAGUGUUGCACGACAUCGCCCGUGGCAGUGAAGGGCCACUGCGUGGUGUACACUGCCGACGGAGCGCGCUUCGAGGUGCCGCUGGCAUACCUUGGCACGACGAUCAUCGGCGAGCUCCUGGGUAUGUCCCACGAAGAGUUCGGCUUCUCCAGCGAUGGAAGGAUCACCCUGCCAUGCGAUGUGGCGGUCAUGGAGUACGUACUGUGCCUGCUUAGAAGGAACGCAUCGGAAGAGGUGGAGAGGGCUCUCCUGAGCUCCAUGGUCAGGACUUGCCACCUGGACAGUGGCUCGGAGCCGUCCAUGGGAGUUAGAUCAGUAGCGGUUUCUAGUUUCUGAAAUCCACAAAGGGAUCUUUUUAGACUUCUUAGCCAUUAGUUACGAACUACUUACGAUGAUCCAAGGCCAAUGAACUUUUGGGAAAUUAACCAAUUUUCCCGAUGUAAAUACGUUAGGUUGAGACUCUUAUAAACAAUCUUAUAUAAAUAUAUGUUCUUUUUCACAUCA